CUAGAAGGGAAACAGCAAGUCACCUGAUAAGUUGUGCUGCAAAAUGUUCGAAGUAUUCGAUAAGCCCUUUGCCGAUCCUGUCCAGCUACCGCUGGUGGGAAAUCUCCGAACCUCGGUGAUCAUUAUCGCGGUAUAUCUGCUGUUUGUGCUGAAGCUGGGCAGGAGUUUCAUGGACAAGCAUGAGGCUCUUCAGCUACGUGGAGUUCUUAAGGUGUACAAUAUCGCCCAAGUCCUUUAUAAUACGCUGAUAUUUGUUUGGGGCUUUCAUCUGAUCUUCGUUGCUAGGCCUUAUAACCUGAGUUGCAUGACUGUCCUGCCGCAGGAUCAUGAACUUAAGUCCACAGAAAGGACUUUGGCCUAUCUUUACCACCUGAACAAGGUGCUGGACCUCAUGGAUACCAUAUUCUUUGUGCUGCGCAAGAAAUCGCGCCAGAUUACCUUCCUCCAUGUGUUCCAUCAUGUCUUCAUGGUGAUAACAUCACAUUCCUUGAUCCGAUUCUAUGGAUAUGGAGGCCAUGUCUUUCUCAUCUGCAUGUUCAAUGUCCUGAUCCAUAUGGUGAUGUAUGGCUACUAUUAUGUCUCAUCGCAGAGCCAGAAUGUCCAGGAGAGCCUGUGGUGGAAGAAGUAUCUGACAUUGGCCCAGUUGGUGCAGUUCUUCCUGAUGUUCCUGCACUGUGCCUACACCUACAUCCAGCCCAAUUGCACGGCUUCAAGGGGCGUCAUCUAUGUCAUAAGUUCUGCCAGUGCCUUCAUGUUUGUGAUGUUCUCCAAGUUCUACAUAAAGACCUACAUUCAGCCGAGAGAGGUCAAGUCCAAGGGCAAGGCCAACUGAUUUCACCUGCUACACUGUGAUUAAAAGAGAGAUAGUUUUUUUUUAAAUUCAGUUUUAUGUGAAAAAUUGUUACUAAUUGACUUAAAAAAAACCAAAUUCGUAAAAGAGUAA